AUGGCCGCGUCCCCUGCGCGGCAGCGCCGCUGGAAACGGGAGCAGGCCCGGCUGAAGGACAGCGUGGUGGAGGAGGACACCGAGGAGUGGCAAAAGGAUCCCCAUUUCUCCGGGCUGCACAGAGUGGGAGGCGUGGAUUUAUCCUACAUCAAGGGGGACGAGAGCCGUGCCUGCGCCUCCCUGGUCGUGCUCAGCUUCCCGGCUCUCGAGGUGCUGUACCAGGAUUGCCGCAUGGUGACCAUCACUGCCCCGUACGUGGCCGGGUUCUUGGCCUUCCGGGAGGUGCCUGUCCUGGUGGAAGCUGUGCAGAGACUUCAGCAGGAGGAGCCCCAGCUCCAGCCUCAGGUGCUUCUGGUGGAUGGGAAUGGCCUUCUCCAUCCCAGAGGAUUUGGCACAGCCUGUCACCUCGGAGUCCUGACAGACCUGCCGUGCAUUGGCGUGGCCAAGAACCUCCUGCACGUGGAUGGCUUGGUCAGGGAUGAGCUGCACAAGGAGCAGGUUCGUUCCCUGCAGAGGUCAGGAGAGACAUUCCCACUGACUGGCACCUCGGGGAAGGUCCUGGGCAUGGUGCUGCGGAGCUACAACAACAGCUCCAAGCCCCUGUACGUGUCCGUGGGCCACCGCGUGAGCCUGGCCACGGCCGUGCGCCUGGUCACGGCCUGCUGCCGCUUCCGCAUCCCAGAGCCCAUCCGGCAGGCUGACAUCAGGUCCAGGGAGUACCUUCGGAAGCAGCUCUGUGCCCCCCUGGAGGUGCUGGAGGCUGCCCCUGCCAGCCCAGAGAGCAGUAAAAAGGAGGCUGAAUUGGAGGAUUAAUCUGAACGUGCAGAGCUCCUCUCCUGCACCAGGGCUGGGUCCUGCUGGAUGCAGGAGCCCAGUGCCACCCUGAGGGACAGCUGUGCCAGGCUGUGUCCCACAGGACAGCACCAGCCACUGCUCAGGGAGAAUCCUGA